AGAAGCAACUCAAGCUAGGUACCAAGUUUGAAAUGGCAACAAAUGCAGGUCAUUUGCCCAAAUCACAAUGCCUAUUGUUCACUUCUUCACUUGUUCUCUUCUGUUUGUUCAACUCAUGUCUAGCCUUCAGACACAAACACCUGAACCUGUCCACCAGAGCUCUCCAUUGGUCGUCGGCCGGUGCAACGUGGUACGGCAGCCCUGACGGCGCCGGGAGUGAUGGAGGAGCAUGCGGUUAUGGAAACCUCGUGUCACAAGCUCCGUUCUCUUCGUUGGUGACCGGAAUAGGCCCGUCUCUCUAUAAAUCAGGCAAGGAAUGUGGUGCUUGCUAUCAGAUAAAAUGUACGAAACAUCCGUCGUGUUCCCGAAGACCAGUACGGGUGGUGAUAACGGACUUCUGCCCUGGAGGGAUGUGCCUCUCAGAUUCAGCACACUUCGACCUAAGUGGAACAGCGUUCGGCGCCAUGGCCAUUCCUGGCCAAGAGGAUAGACUCCGUGAUGCUGGAGUCUUACAAAUUCGAUUUGCACGUGUUGCAUGUGACUAUUCAGGAAAAAAUAUCGCAUUCCAUGUCGAUCUAGGGUCAAACCCUAACUAUUUCGCAGCGGUGAUCGAGUUUGAAGAAGGGGAUGGGGACCUCAACCGGGUUGAUCUACAACAAGCAUCGGGUGAACCAGACGAGUGGUGGGAAAUGAACCAGUCCUGGGGAGCGGUCUGGCAGCUGAACCCCGGUUCAGAGCUGCACCCUCCAUUCUCGAUCCGAUUGACAUCUCAGUAUUCGGGCCAAACUCUAGUGGCCAAACAUGUGAUUCCAAAAGGUUGGCAGCCAGGUCGAACCUAUAGAUCCGUGGUUAAUUACCUUUGAACCCGACCCAACUAGAUAA